CUUGCGGAUGACAUUUUUUAAAUUUUAGUAUUUGGAAUAAUUGGUUUAAUAGCAACUAUUUUUUGAUAAUAACAAGUCAGUGCGUAUAAAAAAAAUGUAUUCCGGUUUAUUGAAACUAGUAUUAUUUUUAAGCUAUAUAAAUUAUUCUCUAACUAGUAAUAUAAUUGAGCGAGAACAAAAUAAAAUAGAUAAAAAUCUAAAAUUAUUAAGAAACGAUUUUAAUAAGCUGAUAGAUAAUGUGGAAGACUUUGCCAGCAAUUUUCUUAAAGAAAUUGAAGACAUUGGUAAAAUAAUGCCUCAAGGCUCGAUAUUUGAUCAAGACUACAACUGGGAAAAUCAUGAUAGUAACACGAUCCCGAAAGAUUCUGAAUACUCGCCCUCUUUAACUUUAACGCAUACAUCUGCAGAUUCAAAUAUGGCUAAUGGGCCUAAUAAAAAGUACCAGCAAACUAUAAGAGAUUACGUUACAGAGAAAAAUAUAUUCAAAUCACAUAUUGUAUCCAGACCAAAACGAUCGCCGGAAUCGAAUCUAAAAUCCUCUCAAAAUAAUAAAUUGACUAAUGCUGAAUUAGACGAAAACAGACAGGCUGCAAUAUUGGGCUCUGCUAAACAUAGCCCUAAUCAAGAAAUCACGGAUUCAAAGGUUACCACCGAAAGCUGCGCAUCAAAGGCGGAACUUAGUAGGGAGAUGGUACUGGAACAGCAAAAAUUACAAAACCUAAAAGCCGAAGUGAGAAAAUUAAAUAAAUUAGUUGCCCUUUUAAAGAACCAACAAGAAUUGAUAAACGAUGUUGCGGAUAGUAAUUUAGAAAAUUCUUCUUUAUAUAAAACCAUACAAAGUUUUGGCCAACAAAGAGAUGAUAAUAUUAAAGUGAAGAAAAUGAAUAAGCAAGAUUUGACAAGUGAAGAAGUAAAACCUUCAAAAGAAUCUACAUAUUUUCAAGAAGUGUCCGAGCUUAAGUUAAACUUACAUAAAAAUGAAGAAAUAUUAAACAAAACAAAGGAAAUUUUACUUAUUGAGAGAAAAAAGGGAGAGGAAUUAGAAAUCGAACUAAAAAGACAAAACAGUGAGUUGAAGUUUUUAAAAGCUAUGAUGGAAAACCUUUAUGAUAAAAGCACCAGUGUUACACAGCCUAGAAGUUUAAUAAAUAUUUCUAGGAAAGAUAAUUUGAAAAAUAGAGAUUUAAAAGAUCUAGACAUUGAUGACAUCCUAGGCUCAGUCCCUGCUCCUCGUUCAUUACCAAAUAUUAAACAAUUGCGUACUAAAAGACAAGACUCUGAAAGUUCAAUUAAAGAAAAACUUGAUAAAAUUUUCGCAGAAGUUCAUAAAGAGUAUAUAAAUAAAAAUAACAAAAAGAACCAACAAUUUGAGCAAGAUUUCUUAAAUAACCUUACAGAAAAUGCUCUUAUUCAGUUAACAAAAUCUGAUCCCCAUGGUUUAAGAGAGCCUGAAGAAAAUUUAAGGGCAAGCGUCUCAUCAGAAUAUCGUGAUUCUGACUUAAAACGAUUUUUGUCUGCUUUGAAAAGUCAAAGUGAAUUAGAAGAAGAAAACUCGAAACGUGCAUCAGCUCCGAAUAAAGAUAAUGGAACAUCAGAAAUCAGAACUAGAUCUAACAAUAAAAACGAAGAUGUACUAUUAAAAUUAAAAGUUUUAGAUAUGCUUUCCAAUAAAGAAGCCAAAAGUGAAGAUACUAGCAAAAAUGAAAAUUUGGCAGAAACAUUAAAAAGCCUGCUGGAACCAGAAAAAAAAUCUGAUGAUAGUAUUCUUCUGGAAAAGCUAAUUAACAUGGUGAAAGAAAAGCAAGAACCACCGAAAGUUAAUAAUAAGGAAAAAUUGGCGAAACUAUUACAAUCUCUAACUACGCCAAAGCCUCAGAGUAAAGCUGAUGAUGAUAUAGAGAAUGAACUUAAAGAGCUUCAACUAGCAAUAAAUAAUUUAAAACCAAAAGAUGACAGUAAUACAAUAAAUAGCAUUGGGCUGGAAAACAAUCGAAGAGGAAAAGAUGAGUCUCAAGAUUUUCAGUCUAUGCUAAGUCAGAUUAUUUCCCAGAAUAACGUUGAACCAAGCAAAGUUUCAACUCAAUCGUCUGUUAAUCUCGCAUCCAACAUAAGUCCCCAACCAAUAGCAACUCCUCAAUUACUUUCUCAAUUUAUAUCUUCACAUAAUCCACAAAUCUCAAGUGCUUCCCAAAAUGAUUAUUCUCAAUUUAAAAAUUUUCUUAAACUUUACGAAAGUAAUUCUCCAUACUUUAAACCGACGUCUGCAAACUAUGGUUCCGGUGCAAAUAGUCUGGGAGGGACUUCAUUUGGAUUAACAUCUCCAUAUGAAAAUCAAAAAUUAAGUGGAUAUGGAUCAAACUUAAAUAGCUACGUACCUUAUCCUAACAGUAUAUUUUCUCCUAGUAUAAAUACUUAUGAGUCAUUGGGUCAAAAUGUCCAGUUUAGUAAUGCCAACCCAAUAAUGACAAAAUAUCAACCAACUGAAUUUAAUAAAUUUGUUGGUGGCUUCUAUUCACCAAGCUACAGCCAAAAAACUGAUCAGUACGGUCCAAUCAUUUCCUAUGACAAUCACAAUCAGGGAGCUAACUACUAUCCUUAUUCCCAACAUUUCAUAGUUCCACCUCAAAAUAAUUAUGGAGUCAAACCAACCUCCUUCAUAGGAAAAUAUAACACCAACUCGAAUUUAGGACAACCAGAGUAUCCUACAUCAUCUGCGGCGCUUUAUUCUGGCAUUUCUAAUUCCGAUUAUGGAGGGAGGGUAACUCAAGGGAAUAGCGGCACUAAAAAUAAAUUUCAAUAUAGUCCAAAUCCUGGACGAGACUAUCAAGAUGCUAGCUUCGCUUCAAGAGGUUAUUCUGGAUCAACUUUGGAUAAACCAUAUAGUGCUACUAAAGACACUAAUGAGUACAGGAAUUCUAUGAUCUAUGACUUAAAUCAACAGAUUCAAAGUUUGGAGCGAAUUAUUAAUGGAUUAACCAAAACCGAUGGGUACUAUCAAUCUCCUGAAGAUAAAACAGCUGUUGCGGGCUUGGAAGAGAAAAUCUCAAGUCUGAAAGGUAUUAUAGAGAGUCUUAACCAGCCAACUUACAGUUUACCUCAACCUCAGCCUCUAUAUAAACAACAAAGACAAUACACGGCCAAAUUCAAUCAAAAAGAAUCACUAAGUAAUUCUCAACCCAAUGAAUAUAAGUUUCCAGCUCCUGCCAAUGAAUAUAAGUUUAAUGACAAGCAAUAUGAAUCAAAUAGACAGGAUAACUCGAACGUAGCUUACGCUGAGCAGGGCCCUACUUUUUAUGCUGCAACAGAAAGUCCGCUACCUUCUGCUAGUACACCAGGCUCAUAUCCAUCGGGCCAAUAUCCAUACCAGCCAAGUAGCCCAUCCCAGCCUCCUAAUAUCUCAAAUUAUAACCCUUUGCCUCCUAAUCAACCGAUUCCACCUCCAUAUCAAUCAAAGGAGCUCCAGGAACCUAAAGUAGAACAGCAUGCCGCUGCUUAUCAGCCGCCUACUAGCUUAAGUGGAGAGGCUAGCGCUGCUUAUCAACCAAAGCAAUCCACGGCAAGUGACAGAGUCGAUAACAUAAGAAGAAAGAAGUUAGAAUUUAUAAAAAGCCAAACGGGAAGAAAAAGGCGACAAGUUCAGGAUGGCAAUGAAGUUAAUUUUAACGCAGAUCAGUCUCAAGUAUCUAAUAGAGAAUAUGGAUAUGAACUUUCAGUAGGUAACGAUGCCUUUUUGCAAAUAGCCAACACCUUUAAGAAAUAUCUGGAAGAUAAUAUUACCGACCUGAAGUUAAGCGACGAAAAUAUGCCCGAAAGUAAUCAGAAAAUGAGAACUAAUGGUCUGAACGAAUUGCAAAAUAAAUUGGAAACUUUAAAAUUACAGUUAGAAUCACAAAAGCCAUUGCCGACGUUUUUGCCGGGAGUACCAACACCAUACUUGCCACAAGGGAGCGUACAGCCCAUCGAUAAAUCAAAAUCAAUUAUAACAUCGUUAAGUUUAAACAACAAAAAACAGGAUAUUUUUACGGAUAUUGUAGUAAAAGUUGUUCAAAAACUCUUAAACGCAUUGCCUGAGGUUUUAAAUAUUAUAUUUGGAAAUAUUUUUACAAACGUGGGCGGGGCCAGUGGUGAUUAUAGUCCAGUACAAAAUAUUCUUAAAAAUCUGGGGGCUUUAGGCUAUCUGCCUCUUGUAGCUAUUAAAAUACUCGACUCUUUAGGUUUAGUAUUAACACACUUGAAUAAAAAUCAAUUUUUUAAACAGUUCUUGCUUCCAGGUAUAUCGCUUUUAUUGAUAGGAGGUGUAGUUUUAUUUUUAGUAUUUUUUUAUCAGCAAAAUAAUAACCCGUAUGGUUAUUUGGAAUAUCAGUCAAAUAGUCUCAGCAACUAUCCACGUUAUGAACAUUUAGAUUACAACAAACCCUAUAGCGUAAGUCCUUAUUAUAAUACCAGAGAAAUCCAAAAUAUAGCUGAUUAUAGGCCUAGUCUUAGCAAAAUUGAUAAUUAUGAGCGAAUUAAGUAUAACAUUCCUGAUAAUACUGCAACAAAUCUCGUAAAUGUGCCACGUAUUCCUUAUAGUAGAGGUUAUUUGAAUUAUUAUGAUUCCGGACGUAAUCGACUCAGUUAGAGCUUAAAUAUUGCCGUAACAUAAUAUUUGUUGACACUUUACUCUUGUGGUUUGUUAUGUUAAAAUAAAAUAAAAUUAGUAAGUUACUGUUGUA